AUGACGGACAACGAGCGCGCGGCCAGAACCCUCAAACACGUCCUACAGAAGCCGGGGAACGGCAGCUGCGCGGACUGCGGCGCCGACAAUCCGGAAUGGGGCUCCUGUUCUUUAGGAGUCUUCAUCUGUCUGGGCUGCUCCGGAAUCCAUCGCAGUAUUCCCAACCUCGGAAAAGUCAAAUCGCUCCUGCUCUCACGCUGGGAGGAUUCAGAAGUUCAGUUCAUGUCUGAGCGAGGGAAUGAUGCCAUGAACGCCGUCUAUGAAGCUGCACUCCCGGUUUACUUCUACAAACCCACACACAGAGACUGCCAGGUGCUGAAGGAGCAGUGGAUUCGGGCAAAGUACGAGAGGCAGGAGUUCAUGGAGAACGGAAAGAAGCUGAUCUAUGAGGACGAGACGAGAGAUGGCAUGCUAAUGAAGAGGGGGCGGGACAACGGACAGUUCUUGAGCAGACGAUUCGUCCUGUCGCUGAGAGACGGCACACUAAAGUACUUCACUAAACUAGACGCUAAAGAACCCAAAGCUGUGAUAAAAGUGGACACCAUCAACGCCUGCUUCCAGCCGGACAAGAUCGGAAACCCCAACGGCCUCCAGAUCACCUACCUGAGAGACAACAUGACACGAAACAUCUUCAUCUACCACGACAGCAGCAGAGAGAUCGUGGAGUGGUUUAACUGCAUCCGGGCGGCACAGCUGCACUAUCUGAAGGUUGCGUUCCCUGGAGCCACGGACGCUGAGCUGAAGCCCAAACUGACACGCAGCUUCCUGAAAGAGGGCUACAUGGAGAAAACAGGCCCACGGCAAACAGAAGGCUUUAAGAGGCGCUGGUUCACACUGGACCACCGGCGGCUCAUGUACUUCAAAGAUCCGCUGGAUGCGUUUGCUAAAGGCGAGGUGUUCCUGGGACACCGAGAUCACGGAUACCGCGUCACGAUCGGACUCCCCGUGGGAACCCACUACAACGGGUCGUGGCAGUACGGCAUCACCAUACAAACACCCGACCGCAGCUUCGUGUUCACCUGUGAAACUGAUAACGAGCAAAAGGAUUGGAUGAGCCAUUUCAAUGCAGUCAUCAGCACUCCCAUGAGCCCACAGGAGUACACAGUGGAGGCCUACUUCAAACACAAACACUGAUGGACCACUGAACCCUCGCUGUGACCUCUGACCUUUCACCUGUGACCUCUGCAGCUGACCCGCCACAGAUCUCACAGCACGUGCCUUGGAUGUUUGUGUUUUUAAGUUGUUUUACACUAAAUAUUUGUUAAUAUACUGUACUAUGCUUCUGUAUCAUUAGUAUUAUGUCCCUGUAACAUUACAUGUGCAUCUCUGCGCUUGCAUCUUUUGUGACCAAAUCUUAUUUUUGAAGCACUAAAGUCUAGUGGUGAGAUUGAGUUAUUUCACAACUGAGUCUUCACAUGAACAUUUAUUAAACAUUUUUCAACUCACUUUUAAUUGAAAGUCAUCUCUUUAGUUCUGAACCUCUGUUUGUUAAGGUUAGGGUUAUUAAAGGGACAGUUCAGCCAAAAAUGAUCAUCCUGUCAUUUAUUCACCCUAAUGUUGUUCCAAACCGGUACGACUGCCUUAUCUCUAUGGAUCACAAAAGGAGAUGUUUAGCAGAAUGUUCCCGCUGCUCUUUUCAAUACAAUAGCAGUUUAUAGUGACCACAUUUAGCCUAAAAGGAACCCCCAAAAGCCUUAUAAGUAUCAUUUGUUAUUGCAUCUUUUCAUGUUACAAUAUUUGUACCAUUGGCAUUAAUGGAAAAGACCCAUAAUUACAAAACAAAACCCAUAUUUGUGAUUUUAUAGUUAUAUAAAGACUGUAUAUUUAUAUAUAGAGUUUUUCUGUCAUAUGAUGGUUUGUGUGCCAAACAGACUAAAUUAUGUCACUGUAAAUCUACAAAAUCUCAUUGGUUCUAGUGUCUCACAUGAAAGUUCAGUCAGGAUAUUUUAAUACACAUGGCCACACAGGAGAUUUAAGGAGAUACACUGCAAGAGAAAAUAAAUCUGAAGCAACGAAGGUGAUUAAAUGAUGUCAGAAUGGUCUUUUCCUGUAUAUUAUGAUCCCUCAGGGUUUGGUGUAGCUUUCUAAUAAAGUGCUGACCUGAUU